AAGACAGUUGUACUAUUUUUUGCAAUGAUAUAACUUUUCCCUUGAGUAUUAUUCUUUUCAGGCCUAAUGUGAAUUCCAAACAGAGUCAAGUAAGGCAAGUAAUGCUUGUCAUCAAACAAGCUUAUGCUAUUAUAGAUGACAUUUGAGUGCUUGAUUCAUCUUUGGUGACAUAGUGUAUUGGGUUCGCGUAAAAGGCAAGUGUUGGAAGACAACAUGGCUAGUGGGACCAAACAUGACAAACGACAGAGUUGUCAGGAAAACAAGGAUACUGAAAACUCCCAAAAGAAGAAACAUAAAAAGAGAACGAAGAAAAUAGAAUCACAGCUCAAAGAUCAGAUUGAAUUCUACUUCAGUGAUUCCAAUUUACAAAAGGACAGGUUCCUGAAACAAGCUAUUUCCAAGAAUCCAAAUGGAUAUAUUAGUGUGAAGACUAUAGCAGAUUUCAACCGAAUGAAGCAAAUCACAAAAGAUAUUACUUUGGUGAUAAAAGCCAUCAAAUCUUCAAGUUUAUUACAGUUGAAUGAUGAUGAGAGCAUGGUGAGAAGAACGACACCCCUACCAGAAGCAAGGAAUGUUGAUGCUGAAACAAUCUAUGUGGAAAAAUUGCCCCCACAUGCAGACCACGACUGGCUCAGGAACGUUUUUUCACAGUUUGGCAAAGUUACUUAUGUUAGUUUGCCGCGAUUCAAACAUACUGGAGACAUCAAGGGGUUCGCUUUCAUAGAAUUUGAAACACCAAACGAAGCAGACACUGCUGUUCAAACUUUCAAAAAAGAAAAAGAAGAAAAAGAAAAUGGUCAGGAUGAAGAGCAAGCCAAACCAAAGCGACGCAAACGGUCGCAAAGCGAGUCCGAUGCUGACGAUAAACAACCUUACAAAACGGAGCGCAAAAGACGGCGGACAAUCAGUGAAUCAUCUGCAGAUUCCCACGAUAGCUCUUCUCGGAUUGAAAAAUUGCAAUUAAAGAAAGAACAACCGACAGAUUUGGCUGGAUCUCAUUCGAAGGUAGAGGUAGAAACAGCAAGGAAAGAAGACGAUAGCUUAGAAGAGGGCAAAGGGACUACAAGAAAGAGGAAGAAAAGUGAUAAGGCUGUCCAUUGGGAACACGAAGAUACCGAUAAAAAAGACAAAGCUACUGGCGAAGUUCGAGAAGAGUCGGAAGAAGAACGACCGAGUAAAAGGGCAAGAAGUUCUGAAUCUGAAUCUUACGCCGAGAACACAGAUGAAGAGCAAAGCAAAAAGAAGAAAAAAAAGAGGAAGCGAAAAGCGAUGGAAAAAAAGGAGUCAAAGUUACCAUUGUUAAGAGUCAUUUCCAAGUUAGAAUGGUUACGACUAAAGCAAGAAUACAAACAACUCCAGAGGCAAUCAAUGCAGGAAUUGAAAAAGCAGCUCCAAGAAUGUCACGAGGGAGAAGUCGACCACAACAAAGAAGAGACGUCGCAUCAAGGAAAGAAGACAACCAAGGGUAAAGAAACUAAUAAAGAAACCGCGAAAGGCGCACCUGAGGAACUCCCUUUUACGACCGGAGUUGUACUACAUUUUAAAAGUUCGGAUACAGAACUACAGAAAAAAGAUAUUCGUGAUAAGUUAGCAGCGCACGCUCCAGUUGCUUAUAUAGACCUUGCAGACGGAAGUGGAGAGGGAUACGUGCGCUUCCAUACUCCAGAUAACUGUACUGCUGUUCUUGACGGGAUGUCUGACGACUCUUCAGGACUUCAGCUCGUUAAACUUACAGGACAAGAAGAACGCGAUUACUGGAAAAAGAUCAAUGCCGACAGAGUAGCACGAUUUCAGGCAAAGAGAGAGAAAAAGCGAGGGAUUGAAAAGGUUGCAAGAAAAGCAGAUGCCUUACAAGCCCACCAGCAAAUAACACACAUCAGAUUUGAUGAUGAUUGAAGCUACUAUGGUCGGCUAGCAUUAGGUGUUUGCGGCCAGAAAGCUUCACCAUGCAAAUGGGACUUUAUUACGGCAUUGGUCACAAGUCAUACAUAGAUGAUGCAUUCUCCACUGCUGGUGCCAUUUUGCCUGCGUUUGAUAAAUUUAAGACCUAGCGCGUUCAUAAACUUUUUCCCACUUAAGUCCUAUUGUCAUUCUCUAUUUUGAUCAUGCGAUUUCUUUUUUGUUGAAAUUCCAUCGUAUAUAUCGCAUAUUCUCAAGAUUUACUUUUGAAAAGUAAAUACUACUCAAGAGAAGGACACAUGGUCAGGUAUAGGAAAGAGCUUCGCGUCCAAACAAAAUUUAUCCAAAUAACUUCAACUUAACUCCUUCAAGAAACCUGAACUUCCUUGAUUCUUUAAGUUUAUUUUUAAUAUAAUAGCUCUGAUUGCAAACCAACUAGAGCGCAGCAAA